AUGUGUGAUUCAAAAUAUUUUGAAAUUGAGAAAGUAAUUCGUAAACUUAAGAAAGGAUUAAAAAAAUUUCAAUUUACAUCAAACAAUAUACAUGAAGAUGAAUUUUAUUUCUUUCCCCAACAAAUCAUGCCUAGAAAAGAUGCAUCACCUCUUUUGGCCCAAGCAUCCACUGAACCACUUCAGAAUGAUCAAUUAAAUCGUCCAGUGUCUCUGGCAUUUACUUGCGCACUUGCAGCAGCAGCCGGAACUACUACCAAUAUGGUUGCUGCUCCAAUGAUUUCUCUUCCCAACUUAUCACCUGUUGAUGCAGCGAAACAAACUGACCGUAUACCUACUGGAUUAAUAGGUGAAAGCUCAGGAUCUAGUCCACUUACAGGACACAGUACAAAUCCAGUAGUGGGUCACACACCAGUUAACGUUUUACCUACCAGUAAUAAUGCAUUAGUUCAUGGUAUAACUUCAUCAGCUCAACUCGAUGCGCUUACUCGUGCUUUCAUUGAAAAUAACGUAGAUCGUACAGGUAAAAAGAGGAAAGUCCGUAAACCACCAUCGGGUUAUGUUUUAUACGCUGGUGAAAUUAGAAAGAAGUUAUUACAAGAACGACCUGAUGCUCCAUUCGGCGAAAUAUCUCGUGAAGUUGGUCUUCUGUGGCGUCAAAUGCCCACUGCUCAACGUGAUUUAUAUGAACAAAAGGCUCAUCUAAUUAGACAACAUAUGGCUGAAGAAGAAAUGCAAAUGAAAGCCAGAGAACAAGAACAAGUACAACUUCAUAUUCAACAGCAAAUAGCUGCUACAUGUAUUUCAUCACAUAACAUUAGUGGAACAAUACCUCUUCAGUCUUCUGCUACAGCAAUUAAUCCGUCAACUUCAUCUAGAAUGCCUGUCACUGCUACAGCUGCUACUAUGCAGUUUUAUCAAACACCGACUGGUCAAGUCAUUCAAAUUGUUCAUGCCUCCUCAACAACACCUAGUGUAGUUGGGCAUAAUGCUUUGCCAGCUCAAACAGUUACUACAUCUCUUGCUCAGCCUGCUAAUAUUGUUCAAACUACAUAUGCGACAAUACCUGCAAUUGCCUCGGCUUGUCCAGUUGCCACUCCAACUCAUCAGGUUGUUUAUCAACUUUCGAACCAACAACAUGGCAUUCUUUCAAAUGGAACCGUCGGUUCUGGAACACCACAACAACCGUUUUACCAACCUCAACUUCACCCACAAACUCAACAACAGCCGCAACGGGUUUUGGUUGCAUCUAGCGUGUGUUCUACACCCACUAUAAUGGGUACUGUUAUUGGAUCAGGAACUACUGUACCACCCGUUCUACCUGUGGGCACAAAUACAGGUCCUUCUAUGCCUAACGUUCAACAGGCCCAGAUACUUUUAGGUUCAACGGGGUCUGUAUCCUCAACAGGGUUUCCGGCUUUAGCACAAGGUGGUUUAGUAACAACGACAACUCCGACAUUAAAUCAACCUCUGUUACACCAGGGAGUAGCUGUUGCGGCCGUAGGUGCUCCACAUAUUGUUCAACCACCUGGACCAACUUUGGGAGCUUGUUCUCAAGAUUAUGCGCCACAAGUACAACCGCAGUAUCAGUUGGUACAACAAGUUCCUCAAAGUCAACCAAUCGCUCCGAAUGUAAUGGCUUCUGUUUCAGUUGUUCCAGGAACACAAUUCAUUCAAUCUCAACCCCAAACCAUUCCGACUCAACCUCAAACGGGCCGCCCAUCUUCACCAAUGUUUGUAUCGGUUCCACCUCGAACUUCUCGUGUACUUCAUUCUGAAAUUUACCAGCGUUACAUUAGUCGUUUACGUAAGAAUGCUCCAGGUGGAUUAGGUGAUUGGCAUAACCAAUUGUCAGCUUCUCUAGAUACAGCUCCACCAGUUCAACCAAAUAUAGCUAAUCAAUUAAUAGGAAAUUUCUUUACUGAUCCUAAAAAGGUUCAAAGUUGUUCAGUAACUGAAGCAUUAUGGAAUUUACGUGAUUAUUUAUUAGAGGAUGCUCUAAAAAUUCGUUUACGUUGUUUAAAUGCUGCAGAAUGUUAA